UCCCGCCGCCCCAGGCGGCGCACUUCCGGUUAGGCGGCCGCGUUUGUUUACGUUGUUCUGAGACCCGGCGUCCAGCUUCCCCAGCUCGGGCUUUAAGAUGGGGAAAUCUUUCGCCAAUUUCAUGUGCAAGAAGGACUUUCAUCCUGCCUCCAAAUCCAAUAUCAAAAAAGUAUGGAUGGCAGAACAGAAAAUAUCAUAUGAUAAGAAGAAACAAGAAGAAUUAAUGCAACAGUAUCUUAAAGAACAAGAAUCAUAUGAUAAUAGGUUGCUUAUGGGCGAUGAGCGUGUAAAGAAUGGCCUUAAUUUCAUGUAUGAGGCCCCACCAGGAGCUAAAAAAGAAAACAAAGAGAAAGAAGAAACAGAAGGAGAGACUGAAUACAAAUUUGAAUGGCAGAAAGGCGCUCCACGGGAAAAAUAUGCCAAAGAUGACAUGAACAUCAGAGAUCAGCCCUUUGGCAUUCAGGUUCGAAACGUGAGGUGCAUUAAAUGUCACAAAUGGGGUCAUGUCAACACAGAUCGAGAAUGUCCUCUAUUUGGUCUUUCUGGAAUCAAUGCAAGUUCCGUUCCCACUGAUGGCUCAGUCACAGAGAGAGAGAGAGGCAGAGACACAGGCAGAGGAAGAAGCAUAUGCCUGGGAAUAUUUCAGAAUGAUUACUUUUGUUUCUUACUGUUGGAAGGGCCAUCGAUGCACCCCUCGGAGCUAAUAGCGGAGAUGAGAAACAGUGGGUUUGCACUGAAACGAAAUGUACUGGGGAGAAACUUGACCGCAAAUGAUCCAUCACAGGAAUAUGUCGCAAGUGAAGGUGAAGAAGAUCCAGAAGUCGAAUUUUUAAAGUCACUAACAACCAAACAAAAACAGAAACUUCUCAGGAAAUUGGACCGACUUGAGAAGAAAAAAAAGAAAAAGAAAAAAGAUAGGAAAAAGAAAAAGCUUCAGAAAAGCAGAAGUAAACACAAAAAACAUAAAAAUAGGUCUCCCUCCUCCUCAUCCUCCUCCUCCUCCUCCUCCUCCUCCUCUUCUUCCUCCUCUUCUAGUGAGACUUCAGAAAGCAGUAGUGAGAGUGACAACAAAGAAAAGAAAACACAAAAGAAGAAAAGAAAGAAAAAUAAGUGUUCAGGGAAUAACAACGAUUCUGAAGAGAAGGACAAGUCUAAGAAGAGAAAACUUUAUGAAGAAUUUUCUAGCAGUCAUCAUGACAAGGAUGAAGCCAAGGAAAAGCCUAGGUUUUUAAAACAAGAGAGUGCUAGGGAGAAUAGCAAAUGGGGCCAUUCUGAUUCCGACAGAAAGUCCAGAAGCCAUAACCAGAGCCCAGAGAAGAGAGGAUCUGAAAGAAAUGAGAGGAGCAGCAGGAGCCAGAGCAGGGAUGAGAGGGGUAGGAGAAGCCGAAGCAGAAGUCACAGCAGUUACAAGCAAAGGGAAAGCAGAAAACGGCCACAGCGAAGUCCCAGUGAAAAGCGGAAUGGAAAGAAUGAUACCAGGAGCCAUGGCACAGAUGCAUAUAGAGGAGGAAAAACACACAGGGAGAACCCAGGAGAUAAGCAUACCAGAGUGACACAAAGAGAACGAAGCAGAAGUAGAGAGAAUAAAGAGAGACUAUAUGUGACGAUUACCUGGGAAUAAAAAUAUCUCCACUCCCUCACUGAAUACCUGUGGCAAGGGCUAAAUUAUAUACUAUUGUCUUUCUAAUAAAAAAGCUCUGUUUUAAUUUUCCAUUCCUGAAAACUGUCAUAUCAAAUACAAAAACCAUAGGAGUCCUGUAAGAAUGAACUCUGCAAAUAUUUCUAAGUAACCUCUUUUGGGGCUGUAAAAAUACCUUCUGUUGAUGAAUGUUUCUUGUGCUCUAUACUAGAUUAAAAAGCCCAUAUAACUCUGUAACAUUUUCUUUGUUCUGAAACAUCAUUAAAAGAAUGACAGUACACUGAAUUGA